AUGAGUGCUAAGUUCCGUUUGUUCAUUGACGGUCUUGAUGAGUACGAUGGAGAUCAUGAAGAAGUUAUACAGACCAUAUGUCACCUGAUCAAGGUCGGCGUCAAGCUGUGCAUAGCAAGUCGGCCUUGGAACAUCUUCGAAGAGGCUUUUGGAUCUUCUAGGUCACUGAAACUAUAUCUCCAGGAUCUCAACAAAAAGGACAUACAGCUUUAUGCCGACGAAAGGCUUAGGAAGCAUCGCAACAUCCAACGGAUCGAACCAGCACAAGUCGACGAAAUCAUCAAUGAACUUAUCAAGAAAUCGCAAGGAGUUUUCCUCUGGGAACGUCUCGCUGUUCGUUCCCUCGAAGAAGGGCUGAGGAAUGGAGACAGUCUGGUUUUAUUACGCAAACGACUAAAUGCGUUCCCUAGCGAUCUCGAUGAAUUCUUCCGUCACAUGUUCAUAUCAUUGGAUACCAUAUACCGAACUCAUCUUUCAUACAUGUUUCAGAUAGCAUUGACCGCUCUUGCGCCUUUGUCGACAGUCGCAUAUUGGUUUCUAGAUGAGAUUGACGAUGAUCCAAACUUUGCUAUCACCAUGCAACCGCGAACAUUAGAAGCAUCGAAGCUUUUUGAGAUCACAGAAGAGAUGACAGUUCGUAUCAACGGACGUAGCAGAUGUCUUCUGAAAGUCACGAAAACGAUGCAUAUUGAGCGUCGACGGCGACUUACACAAGAAACUAAAAGACGUGUUGAAACACACGUUGACUUCCUCCACUGGACGAUCAAAGACUUCAUUAUGACGACAGAGAUCCAGAGAUUGCUUGCGGAGUGGCCACAGCCAAGCUUUCAUCCUGACAUAGCUCUCUGCAAAAUGAUGCUUGCAGAGUUCAAAUCCGUUGCUCCUACUUCGCGGGCAGCGGAGAGCCGCGAAUUAGUCAGGUCCUUGAUGGAACAAUUGUUUUGCUCUGCUCAACGCAUUGAGAGGAUCUUUAAUGAGUCACCCAUAGCUCAUAUCGAAGAGUUCGAUCGGGUCAGUCACUCUUGCCUAUUUCUCGGAAGGACUGGUGAGUGGGACCCUCUCGGCUGCUCGUCUCUAGAGAUGGUCGCGCAAAAAUACGGCUUGUGGAUCUUCCUUGCUAUGAGAACAAAACAGGGUCUUAGCACUGGAACGAGGGAGUUGAUCCCGGGUUGCAAUGCAGGAGAGAACUCUACUCGUGAAGAGCACGAUAGGUUCCUGACAUCAACGCACGAAGCGACCUCAGUCGGUUAG